AUGUCGUGGCAGCCAAAGCUUCGCCCAAAGGGAUUCCCACAUAGCAUCGAUGACUUUGCGGCGGUGGCUUCAUUGUCAGAACUGGAGCAUCGGGCCCGGACUGGGGAAGACAAGCGCGACCAGCGCGUCUUCCGGGUCAAACGUAAACAUGUGUUAAAGGCCUGUGAUCGUUGUCGCGUGAAGAAGACCAAGUGUGAUGGGAAACAACCUUGCAACCGCUGCUCGGUAUACAACCAUCCAUGUCUAUUCCGGGAAAGAAAGGCCACUCAAACCAAAGUAUACUCUCGAGGUCAUGCCACCUACAGAUUCGUCGAAAUGCUCGAAUCCCACCAUUCCCUGGUCGUAAAAGCCCUCCAGAAACUCUACAAAUUCUGCAUCAACAACGAAGGUUUCCCAGGCGAUCCGCUCGCAGAAGCUCCGGACGGACAUCCCCUAACACACGCAAUCCUCGACCGUCUAGGCCUAAUCAAACAAGCCGAAGAAAACGCAGACGAGCCAGACGAGGACUCGGAGGAUCUGCGCUACCUCCGACUGCUAUCAACUUCCACCGAAUGUAGCGUCACUGCAGAACCAUCUCCAGAACCAACUACACCCCCAGAACCAUCCCCAACCCUCUCCCGUCCACCUCCAGCCCAAACUCCCAUAUCCGUCCCCGCCCGCACAACCACAAGCUGGCAAUGGGAUCUCCAGCCCGUUCAUCAGACAAGCUACAGCUACCCGGACGCAGGGUAUCACGAUCUAAUGGCACUGCAGCAAAGGUCAUCCAUGAGCGCUCCGGAUAUGGGCUCUGAUAUCCCACCCCAUGUGGACAUGCCAUCUGCAUCUUCAGCGCUAUCGCAUCAUCCUCAACAUGCGCACCACGAACCGCCGUUCCCGUAUGUCCUGGAGGGAUGCUGUGAUCCAGGAACGCCCCAGCAGGACGUGAAACCCGUGUUGGCGAGAUUACCGCCCGGUCUCGUGGCGGAUUCGCAUCCGCAUCCCCAUCAUCUUGCGGGAAAUCUCUCCGCAGAGAUGAUGGGUGAGUUCCAUUUCCAGGCGCAUGACUCAACAUUUUAUCCUGGCUUUACGCCCGGUUGGAAUUUUCCUUCGGGGUGA